AUGAGCGUCAGCAAGUUGGCAGAGUUCGGCGUGAAGCAUGUGGCUCGUGGCAUUGGUCGUCUUUCUAACCAUGUUCUUGAGAGCGGUGCAGGCAGCUACGUAACCACCACCGAGGGCCGCAAGAUGCUCGACUUCACCAGCGGUAUUGGUGUCACCAACUUGGGCCACUGCCACCCUGCCGUGACAAAGGCAGCACAGGAGCAAGUCGGCACACUCGUUCACGGUCAAGUAAACAUUGCCUUCCAAAAGCCUUAUCUGGAGCUCGUUGAGUCGCUCCUCCCUAUGAUGCCACACAAAUCGCUCGACACUUUCUUCUUCUGGAACUCAGGAUCUGAGGCUGUUGAGGCAGCAGUGAAAUUGGCCAGACACGCAACCAAGAAGCAGAACAUCAUUGUCAUGCAGGGCUCUUACCACGGACGCACAUUCGGAACCAUGGCCAUGACACGAUCGAAAACCAUCUACGGCGAGAACUACGCACCUUUAAUGCCUGGUGUGUUCUCAGUACCAUUCCCUUACUGCAAGCAAUGCUCGAUUUCGCACAGCACCGACGGCAAGUACGGUUUUGAAAACUGCUGUAUGGAUCCCGUUCUGCAGCUCGAGCUGCUCCUGAAGCGUGAGACCGCUCCCUCAGACACAGCCGCUAUCUUCGUCGAGCCUGUUCUUGGUGAGGGUGGUUACGUCCCUCCACCUGCUGGAUAUCUGAACGCUCUUCGUAAGAUCUGCGACAAGCACAACAUCCUCCUCGUCUGUGAUGAGGUUCAGUGUGGUUUCGGAAGAACCGGAAAGAUGUUUGCCGUGGAGCACUGGGACGUCAGACCUGAUAUUCUGAUCAUGGCCAAGGGUAUCGCCAACGGUUUCCCUCUAUCAGGCAUUGUCUCUCGCAAGGAGUUGAUGGAUAAGCAAAACCCUGGAAGCAUGGGUGGCACAUACGCUGGUAACGCAGUAUCAUGUGCUGCAGGUGUUGCAGUUGCUAAGGCCUUCAAGGAGGAGAAGAUUCUGGACAACGUCAAUGCCCGCGGAGCAGAGCUGAAGAGCGCUCUCCAGGCAGCCCACAAGGACUCAAAGACCGGAAAGAUCAUCUACGACGUCCGUGGUCUCGGUCUCAUGUUGGCACUCGAGUGCACACCUGGCAAGGGCUAUGCCUCAAAGAUCCAGGCCAAGUGCAUGGAGAAGGACAUGCUCGUUCUGACAACAUCGAUCUACGACACACUCCGUUUCAUCCCUCCGUUGAACAUCACCAAGGAGGACAUGGCUAAGGGUAUCAAGAUCAUCACAGAUGCCAUCAAGGAGGUUGCUGCUGGUGAAGAUCCUAAUGAGACUGCCACCAAAGGCCAGGCUCCAGAGUAG